AUUGCGUAUUUGCACAGCCGUCAUGUCGUUCAUCUGGAUCUCUCGGAUUCCAAUAUGGUGUGGGCCCCCGAGACGAACACCUUCUUCGGGAAGGAAGUCAAGGCAGAAUAUCCGUACCCGAUAGACUUCGAGUUCUCGCAGCGGUUGGAGUUGGGUCCGGGCGUCCAGCCUGCCAUCGAACUUCCGCCCUCGGCCAUUAAGAAACCGAGGGGAAUCACACAUCUCGACCCUUACUCAUGGGAUGUUUACUGCCUAGGAUGGCUCCUCCAAUGGACGAUUUCAAAGUCCCAGUCGAGAUACCUUCACCAUACUCCACCCUGGUUGUUAAGACGCUACGUGCAAUGGAUCAUCGGCGAAGAGCGCGGGUGCGCAGGCGUUUGUCGUUGUCGCCCGACCGCGAGACAAGCGCACCAA